CAUCAACCUGGUGCCCAACACCGCGUUGGGAAGUGCGGAACAUCACCACAUCACGACGCCCACCGGUGACGGGCCGCGGAACAAAAUAGGCACCCACGCGCCACAGAUCCUGCCCGUGAUGGAGAAGGGCAAGGAUGGGGUGAUGCCAGUGGUGGCACCAUUAGAUAAUGCGGCUGCCGCACAGAUAAUUUGUCGGUUCUAUCAGUACGGUACCUGUCGGUUCGGUAGUUCCUGUCGGUUUAUUCAUCCCGCACCCGAACCGUCCGCACUCGGUACGCACGCUAGCAGCUGCAGUAGUAGUAGCAGCAACAGCAGCUUCGUAACAGCGACCGAAAGCAGUCCUACCGAUGGUGGUAGGGCGCUAGCGGGCAAAAAGGACGAAACAGUUAAAGAUACCAAGCUAAAGUCAUCCACGUCCGAUCUGUCGCGCUGGAUCGAUGCGCCCGUAUUUGUACCCAAGUCACAGCUGUCCGUAAAACCGCCUCGUAAGCAGCAACGUAAAACAGCGGACGUGAAGGUGGUGACCGAGGAAAAGGAGGAGGAAGAGGACGAGGAACCAGAGUUAGAUGAUGAUGAGCGGAACGAUGAGGCUGACAGUGAGGCGGACAACGAGGAGGAGGAGCAUGAGGAUGGUGCCGUUGGGUACGCAUCAGCGUCACUGCUAUCCUACGCGAACGUCGUGACAAUGAACAACAAUCACAACGGGAAGGAUACAAAACGAACGCCCGGUCAGCGGGAGUUCUGCCUUCAGUAUGAAAAGUUCGGCAUGUGUUUGGUGAGCGGCUGUACGUAUGUGCACGGUGAGCUGUGUGAGCUGUGCCAGAGGUAUUGCCUCGAUCCGCUCGAUAAGGAGCAGCAGCGUCGUCAUAAUGCCGACUGUAUCCGGGAGCAUGAGCUGGAGAUGGAGCAUGCCUUUGCGGUGCAGCGCUCGCGCGACAAAACCUGCGGCAUCUGUCUGGAGGUGGUAUUGGAGAAACGGGCCCGGGAGCAGCGGUUUGGCAUACUACCGAACUGUAAACACACAUUCUGUCUCGUCUGUAUCCGCACAUGGCGCAAGGCAACCAACUUUGCCAACAAAAUCAAAAGGAGUUGCCCCACCUGUCGCAUACCGUCUGACUUUGUCUGUCCGAGCUUUGUGUGGGUGGAGUGCGGUGAGGAAAAGGAACGCCUAAUCAAAAAUUACAAACAAGCCUGCAACAAUACGGACUGUAUGCACUUCAAGAAGGGUACCGCCAACUGCCCGUUCGGUAAUAAAUGUUUCUACAGGCAUGCGCUACCAUCCGGCGAGCUGGUCGAUCUCGGUGCACCGUCCCGCAGGCGCAACCCGCAUCGAGGCCGGGACCGUGAUAUGGACCAUGCCGAUGCGCUGCAGCUGCAGGAGAUCUUUGCGAGCCUGCUGCCCAGCAGCUGGGUGCUGGAAGAGUACAUGACGUCGCUGUUCACCGAGUUGAACGAAUCGGAUGACGAUUUAGAGUUCUUUUCCGGCCGGGGUGGUGGCUUCCCGUCCGAUUCGUCUGACUACGAGGACGAUUUUUUGUUCGAUCUAAUGUGAUCGCCAUCAAAGCAUUAGGUUGCGAACCGCGAAGGAUGCUAAGAGAGCCAAAGCAAAAUCACACACAUAUACAGAGGAAAACAAAAGGCGCACGCAUUGAAAUGACGGUAAAGUACAACAGAGUAAUCGGUCGUCGUUUCCAACGUUAUACAAAUUAAGUGUGUGCCGAUUCUUACUAUCAUUAGCUCAUACUAUUAUUGAACAGAUUGUGAAAAAAAAAAUGAGACAGAAACGAAUAGUUGAACUUUCGAACCCGGCAGAGCAGGAAUCAACUGUAUUGAUAUUAUAACAAUUGUUUGCUACGCCACCAAAACCGCGCGAACAACGCUCAAAAAGCCCAAGCAAAACAGUCUCAGCAGCCACCGCGCCUUCCAUGCUCAUUUAGUCAUAAAGUUUAAUUCACGCACGAACACGAAGCAGUACAGCAUUCCAAACCGAAUUAUGUUGUAUCGGGUGCGCUCUACUAAGCUAAGCCACAAACAUUUCCUCGGCCUUUUCUCCGUAACGCCGCAAACUCAAUGCAAAAAAGUCUCUCAACGAGUACUCAAACGCAACAAAUGGCCAGAACGGGCGAGUACACAUACACACACACACACCCGCUAAGCCAGGAAUAUCGGAAAGAAAUAACACACAAAAAAAAUGAAGCUUCCCGAUUAGCAGAAUGCGUGACUUUCUGGCAACAUUAUUCGAUCCUUCCUGUAAAAUCCAAAUCAAUCUACCUCACCGAACUCAAAUACCUUUACCACGAGCACACACAGUCGCCGGGAACGAGGGCCAGAUACCGUGAAGUUCGCUUUAUAAUGGAUGCGAGGAUUUUAUUUUGAGUGCGAUUAACUAUGAUGCAGUUGGAGAAUGGGAAUAGGUUCGCCGUACUAGUGCAGUUUUGCCAUUUAUAAGCAUUCUACAGGGUUUAAAAAAAAAUAAGUGAGCGUGAGCUGUUGAGUGAGGAAAUAGGAUAACAAGCGAGAGAGAGAUACAGAAAAAUUGUGAUUGUUAAGUUUGUUUAGUUCCCAUUACCUUAAAACAGAGAUUGGUGCAGGUUAUUCUUUAUUUCAACGCCUGUCUCUUAUUAUUCUACUACAGAGAUGCUGUAAAGAAUGAAAAAAAAAACAUCCAAAAUAGCAACAGACAGAUUUCUUAACCUAACCCUACAUAGAAUGCCCAUUCGUGCGAACUCUGCUCCGGUACUGCUUUUCCCCUGUUGUAAAAGUGUAUUUCCCGGAGAGGGGAGCGAUAAAGGAAAAAGAGAAAUGAUAGGGCAAAACAGCUUGCAAAAACUCUCGAAUAGCCCAAAAUCGUACAUGAACAAUUUUGAAUUUUGAAAUUUUCAUAUUAAUAUUAUUGGCAAUUAUUUGUGAGCUUUGCUGCUCGUGUUCUUGAUUAGCCCUUCAGUAGCAAUUACGAUUGGUUUUUUUUUUUGCUAAUCCUACACAUUGUGAACCUCCUGCAGAAGCGAAAUCUACAGAACAUAUUUAUUAAUUAGGCGCGCUGUGUCACUUAGAUCCAUCCGGCAUAUUUAUAUUUUCGUUUUUGUAUGCGUCGUUUUAUAUUGUUGCACUUAAUUUGGAAUGAAAAUCUUGUCAACACCGAUGAACAAAAAAUUGGAUUCAAGUGGAAUGACUAGAAGAAAACGGAAAAAAAAACAUAAUUUGUUACUGUAACUCGGUCAAAUUGUACAGACGGUAAGGCACGAACCCCAGGCUCGACACCCAUUGAUGGCUGUAGAGAGCCAACACAGGGUGGGAAAAAUAUCGCUGGCUGAUUGUCAAUACAUUAAGGUGUAGGUCACGAACCCGGGCUGUAAAGGGAUAACGAAAGUUCACGAUCGAAUGUUCGAGUUAAACGUCAACAUGAAACAGAAGCACAUUUAGCCAUUGGGGGUUGCGCUCUCACCCAAUAGAGAUUAAAAUAUGGAAUAAUACUAACUAGUAUAUACUCACGAAUUACUUGAUUUUUGUGAUACGAUCUAUUGUUUCUCCUAUAGCUUUUAUACAAACGGCGUUUGUGAGAU